AAACGUCGUUACGCAGUAUAUACUGUAAUUGAUUUGACAUCGACAACGUUUUCUGUAUGACAGUCUCGUUGUCUUAGUUUUGUCCCCUUUUUAACGGCUAGUUCUAAAGAGUGGUAAAAUAUUCAACUGAGGAAGUUGUGGAAAAUGAAGCUUCGUCUCAAAGGAGAGUCAUUUGCAAGGCAAGUGCUAACGGAAUUUGACUCGAACAACGUUACUGUGGCGGAGUUAAAAAUUCGCGUUCGAGAUAUUUUGCAAUUGAAUGAUGAAGAUUUUCUCAGGUCUAUGCAAUUCAGUAUGAAUGGAAAACAAGCUCUUUUGGCAGAAGAUACUGAAUUGGUUUCCAAUUUAGGCUUUGUAUCUGGAGAUGCAGUUUACAUCUUAGGGACUUUUUCAGCUACGAGAAGACCAAAAUUUCCCAAACUGAAUCCCAGUUUUUGUGAAAAUGAUCAGGAACAAGAAAAUUUUUCUACAAUUGUAGCAUCUGAUAAGAGACGCAUGGCAAGCUUAGAGCUCAGUACUGCAUCACGAAAUGUCAACAGAAUGAAUAAGCAAAGCAAAGAAGAGUCUGACGGAGAUCCCACUGUACCAGAUUUUGAGAAACAUCACAUACCUAUAUUGGAUACCCCAAAUCUGUUGAUUCCUCCAACCUAUGCAAGAUUAAUUACUUCAAAUUCACCAAAUGCCCCAUUUCAAUCAAAUCUAGAAAAGCUGGGUUGCAUGCUUCAUAUAUUGAUGGUUGAAACUGGGUUUCAACCACAAACAUGUAAAAGUUUUUCAGACCCAUUUUGUACCCUACCUGAUUCAUGGAAUGUAGCAAAUGAAACUCUGAGGCUAAACUACAAGACAGGGUCCCAAUCCCCAGCAACAAUAGUACUUACAUCAGUGGGAUUACUGGUAAUUGUUUAUGGUAUUGGAUCAUCAUCAAGGAAGUCUCUGUCAUUGAAACUGAAGCCCAGUGAGUUUAUGCCGCCUGUGGGUAGCAAACAUCUGAGACAAGUAUGCAUUGAUUAUAAAAAUGAAAUCGCUUUCCCAUUGUACGUCCAUAUCGAGAGAGAAGCAAACGGCACUUGCCCUACACAUUUUUCCACUUUGCCACCGGAAAUCUCGUACAAUAUACUUCAAAGGCUUGAUUCCAAAAGCUUGAGUAGACUGUCGAUGACUUGCCGGCUAUUUCAGCAUUUGGCAAGUCAACCUAGUCUUUGGAAAAAACUGGCUUCCAAAGACUUCGGGAAGAAAAUUUCGAAUCGAGUGGCGUCCGAUACAGUAAACUGGAAAGAGCUAUACAAGGAUGAAUUUUUGAUAGAAAAGAAACAGCAAGAAAUGUCGAAAUCAAUUCGUGGCUAUACAACAAUGCCACGCGUCCCUGAGAUCUUUUUUUCUAGCCCAUUCCCGAGCCUGCAAGUCUAUCCCGACGUCAAUGGCGUGCAUGAAUUUCCGGGAACUAUGGGGGGUUAUUCCGAUUUGUAUCCAGAUUUAAGAGGUUUCGAUCCGCCAGGUCGUCGGCAACAAUCCCGGAAUCUUCAUGAUGGGGGGAUAGGAUUUGCACGACCACAUGGUAGAUUCCGUGGCUUUCCAAAUAUUUAAUCUCCAGUUAAACGGUUAUUGUACAUGAAAAUCCGACCUUUUACCAGUAAAAUAAUGUCGGUAAGUGUUUUAAAACCCAUUUUCUUUUAUUUUUGUUAUUUGUUUCACCGUUACAGGAGUUAAAAUUCCUUCUUGAUCUAGAAUUUGUUGAAA